AUUACGAGAGGAUAUCUACGAAUAUGACAGCCUACACAGUGGCAGGUCGCCCUUUACCGCAUAUUAUCUAAAUAUUAUUUUCAACCCUUAUUAUAGUAUUUAGAAAUGUCAAAAUCAGUCUAAUACCCGAUACCAAGUUGCCAACAGUAUUUUGCGAAUUUAGAAGAUCGAAGUCAUUGAAUAUAUUUAAAGAAAAUAUGUAUGUACACUUUAUUUAUUAUUGUUUUACGAAUGUUUCAAAUUAAAUUAUCUGUAUAAAUUGUUCCCAAAAACUCAUUGUCAGUACUUUAUGAAAUCUUAUUUUGCAAACGAAUUUUUUACUUCGUUUAAUGGUUUUUGGUACGAAAUAACUUUUUUUUUUAAGAAUUUAUUUAUUUAUUUGGAAAACUUUAGAAUAGCAUCCCACGAUUUCGCGGAUAAAAUGUGUAUGGUUGGAUAGAGGAGAUCCUCCAGAUUAAGAAUAUAUAUAAUUAUAGCCGCAGGAGAGAACUUGUUAUUGCACCACUUUGAUAAUCCCCGGUGUAGGCUUUUUUUUGAAGCGCUGCCGAAGGCCGCCUCUGCAGGAAGUAUUUCUACGCGGAAGGACUAGUCAUUUCCUCCCUCCUUUUUAUUUAUUAUGAUUCAUUUGUAUUUUUUUAGAUAUGGCAACGCUUCUUUUUCGUCAUCAUGCAACCUUUUUGUUAUUGUGUCAAUUGAUAAAAUUGAAUAAAAAUUAAAAUGGUUAUUUAAAGAAAAUUUCUAAAUAAUUAAUAUAAAAUAAAUAUAUAGAAAGAAAGUAGUGAAGUUAACAAAAGCAAAGUAUCUGUAAAAUGACUGGAAAAGGGCGAAAAAUAACUUCUUUAACAAUAAAACAAAAGCUCGAAAUUAUAAAUUUAGUUAACCAGGAUAAAAUAUCAAAAAACGAGGUUGCUAAAGAAUAUAAUUGUGACAUUUCGACUAUUCACCGGAUUUUAAGAAACCAGAAAGAAGUGGAGUUAUCUGUUACCAGAAAUAAUUUAAAACGCAAGCGUCUCCGGCAAAGUUCCUGCAAUAAAGUAGAAAAUGCUCUAUUACAGUGGUUUGACCAAAUGAGGGCGACGGAUGCGGCAAUUUCUAAUGCUCAAAUUUUACAGAAAGCUAAGGAAUUUGCAAUUAAAAUGAACUGUGACUUUGAACCAUCUAGUGGUUGGUUGUGGCGUUGGCAACGCAGAGAAAAUAUUCAAUAUAAAAAGUUACAAGGCGAAAUAGCUGAUGCAUAUCACGCGCAGGCAGGAACUUUUCGAGAUUCACUCUUAAAAGAUAUACUAAAGGAUUAUGAACCAUGUAAUAUUUUCAACGCGGACGAAAGCGGACUAUUCUACAAGGCCUUGCCAAAUGGAACCUUGUGCAAAGAGGGCGGUAAAACACAAAAGGACCACCUAACUCUUCUAUUCCUUUGUAACGCAGAUGGAACUUUUAAAAAAGUGUUUGUAAUUGGGAAACCAAGAAAUUCAAGGUGUUUUAAUGAGAAAGAUCCUCCAGUGCCAUACUAUUCGCAAAAUAAAGCAUGGAUGACAGUCUCAUUGUGGUCAAUGAUAAUGAAAGAAUUCGAUCGUGAAAUGGGGAAGCAAAAAAGGAAGAUAUUGUUAUUUGUUGAUAACGCUAGCUGUCAUAAAGUUAAUGGGUUGUGCUUGGAAAAUGUGAAAAUCGAAUUCUUCCCAUCAAAUACAACAUCAGUGUUACAACCUCUUGAACAAGGAGUAAUUCACUGCUUCAAGUUUUAUUUUAGAAAAAUUUUGAUACGAAAAUUAAUACUGUCCACCGAGAAAGGCGAGUCAAUAAAAGAAUUUUUAAACUCAAUUUCAAUACUCAAUGUUCUCACCUAUAUCAAACGGUCAUGGUGGCUGGUUACAAGCGAAACUAUUAAAAAUUGUUUCAGAAAGGCAGGAUUUCCAUUUGAUGGAAAUCGAUUUGAUUGUAUUGAAGAGGUAUGCGAUACAAUAGAUAUUCCAAUGGAAAUAGAAGAAUUUCAGGAAUAUGUCGCUUGCGAUAACAAUGUGAAUUGUUUUGGUACCCUUACUGACGAUGAAAUAGUGGAAUGUGUAUUAAGUGAAGAUAACGAAGUCUGUCAGUCUUCGGAGGAAUGUCCUACAAUUGAUCUCGGUCCACCUUCAUUUGCAGAAGCAAUAAAUGCGCUGAGCAUUGUCGAAAAAUUUAUGGAAUGUAACAAUAUUGAAGGAGAUGAUGUUGAUCUUUUAGAGGAAAAGCUUUUUAAAAGAAGAUUUAAAAAUUUUCAUCAGACAAAUUUUACUUCCUUUUUUAAUUAAUUAUUCGUUUAAUGAAUUAAUGUAUUAAAUAAAUGUGAUCUCAUACUACAAAUUAAUUUUUAGCACAUGCAUAUGUCUGUACACUAUAUUUAAGAAUAAAAAAAAAUGUAUAUUUUAAGCCAAGUUCCUAUUUUUUGUGUAAACAGGAAUAUGUCGCUUGCGAUAACAAUGUGAAUUGUUUUGGUACCCUUACUGACGAUGAAAUAGUGGAAUGUGUAUUAAGUGAAGAUAACGAAGUCUGUCAGUCUUCGGAGGAAUGUCCUACAAUUGAUCUCGGUCCACCUUCAUUUGCAGAAGCAAUAAAUGCGCUGAGCAUUGUCGAAAAAUUUAUGGAAUGUAACAAUAUUGAAGGAGAUGAUGUUGAUCUUUUAGAGGAAAAGCUUUUUAAAAGAAGAUUUAAAAAUUUUCAUCAGACAAAUUUUACUUCCUUUUUUAAUUAAUUAUUCGUUUAAUGAAUUAAUGUAUUAAAUAAAUGUGAUCUCAUACUACAAAUUAAUUUUUAGCACAUGCAUAUGUCUGUACACUAUAUUUAAGAAUAAAAAAAAAUGUAUAUUUUAAGCCAA